UGGAGUCGAAGGUAGAGGAGGGCAGCAUGGUGGAGGCUACAAGUACACUUACGACAACUCUGGAGUCGAAGAUACGCAUGGUGGAGGCUACAAGUACACUUACGACAACUCUGGAGUCGAAGAUACAACUAGUACAAAGAUACUAGUAGGAGCGGAGCAGAACACUGCUAUUUCGCAACACAGGGCUUCAAACGAAGUGAGUCUGAUUUCUGCCAAAGCGUCGUCUACUUCCUCUGCCUCCUCCUUAGCCUCUUCUACCAACAAGGUUCGAAGCCAUACAGUGGGUGUAGGUCCAAGAUUGUCUCCACCAAAUCCGCUACAGCAAGAGCCACAGACUCUCGCCCUCUUGUACCCUUGCCUUAGCACCAAAGAUGCUUCCUCCUACAGCACUUAUUCAAAGCCAGUAGUUUCGGAGCAGGAGAGAAGCGAAAACGCAUGUAGUUCUUCAGAGGCCUAUACUUCUGCUUUAGAAGAACAGACACAGAAGAACGGAAGGAAGGAACGCAAGGAACGCUUGAGUAGUUGGAUAGCGUGGGACGAGUCGUGGGGUGAUGGAUGGGAGGACGACGGCAGUUGGACCCUGGUAGGCACGGAAACUGAGGCUGCCCCUGUGAUGGGAGUGCCUUCAGGAGACGGCCGGAUCGUCCUGGGGGUUCUUGAUGAGGAAGAAAAUGCGUCUCGCGUUGUGAAAACAGUUGUAACAGAGAAUACUCUCGUAAAAAGCGGCUCCGGUGAACUUGGUGCCGAAGACGUCAAGAAGAUUCAAAUCGCGGUUGCUCGAAGCCUAAGCGAAAACUUGGCUCCUAAUCCUCCUGAGCCUGAUCCUGCGUUAGCGGGUGUUAAGGAAAG